UGAUGCCAAAGGUUCUUUAAUCUUGGCAAACAGAAUCACCUAUGCUAUUCACAAGGAAAAGGUUAGUGAAAUUAUUGCUAUAAUUGAUAUAGCCAUAGCAGUACUAGGAGAAAAUUUAACAGCA